UGCUUAGGGGUAACAGGGAACUCGACGCCUCUGUAAUCCAACUUCUCCAGGAAUGUCUGAUCGCUUCUCUUAGUUAUUUGAGGAUCUUCCUCUUCUGGAUUAACAUAUCUUAUGCGACACCACCUAAAGCACUCGUCAAUGCUCUGUACGUUGAUCAGAACCGUGCUGGCUUUCUGGAGAAACUUCCAGUAAUUGCGGGUACGAUCUACCUUUCAGAGGGAAGUGCAUGGCCACAUUAAUGUAAUGACCCCGCACCUCCUUCUAUUCACUCCAGUUACUUCCUCUUUUCAGGAAAGCAGAAUAGAUCUGGAAAUACUAGCCUGCAUGGCAGGCGUAGCAUAUUACGACGUGCGUUUGUACGCUGUGCCACAUCCAACGAUACACCACAUCCAAUUUAG